GGGCGGUGCCGCAGCCGGAGCCCCAGCCGGAGCCCGAGGCGACUGGAGCCGAGCGGGAGCCGCCGAGGCCGCCGCCGGGUCCCCAGCGCCACCGCCGCCGCGCCGUCCCCGAGCCCCUGCCUGCCGGCGGCGGGCGUGAGCGCCGUGGCCAGCCCGUGGCCGGCGGGUGGGCAGCCGGCGCCAUGGCCGCGCCGGAGCCGCUGCGGCCGCGCCUGUGCCGCCUGGUGCGCGGCGAGCACGGCUACGGCUUCCACCUGCACGGCGAGAAGGGCCGCCGCGGGCAGUUCAUCCGGCGCGUGGAGCCCGGCUCCCCAGCCGAGGCGGCCGCGCUGCGCGCCGGAGACCGCCUGGUCGAGGUCAACGGCGUCAACGUGGAGGGCGAGACGCACCACCAGGUGGUGCAGAGGAUCAAGGCUGUGGAGGGGCAGACUCGGCUGCUGGUGGUGGACAAGGAGACGGACGAGGAGCUCCACCGGCGACAGCUGACCUGCACUGAGGAGAUGGCCCAGCAAGGGCUUCCGCCUGCCCACGACCCCUGGGAGCCAAAGCCAGACUGGGCACGUGCAGGCAGCCUCGGCUCUGAGGCUGGCCAGAAGGAUGUCAAUGGGCCACCGAGGGAGCUGCGCCCUCGGCUCUGCCACCUGAGAAAGGGCCCCCAAGGCUAUGGGUUCAACCUGCACAGUGACAAAUCCCGGCCCGGACAGUACAUCCGUUCUGUGGACCCAGGCUCACCUGCUGCCCACUCUGGCCUCCUCGCCCAGGACCGACUCAUUGAGGUGAAUGGACAGAAUGUGGAGGGGCUGCGCCAUGCAGAGGUGGUCGCCAGCAUCAAGGCGCGGGAGGACGAGGCCCGGCUGCUGGUGGUAGACCCUGACACAGAUGAGUACUUCAAGCGACUGCGGGUCACACCCACCGAGGAGCAUGUGGAAGGUCCACUGCCAUCACCAGUCACCAAUGGGACCAGCCCUGCCCAGCUCAAUGGUGGCUCAACAUGUUCAUCCCGAAGCGAUCUGCCUGGCUUAGACAAGGACACUGAGGUAGAUGGCAGCACCUGGAAGCGCGAUCCCUUUCAGGAGAGUGGCCUCCACCUGAGCCCUACAGCGGCCGAGGCCAAGGAGAAGGCAAGAGCCACCCGGGUCAACAAGCGGGCGCCCCAGAUGGACUGGAACCGGAAGCGCGAGAUCUUCAGCAACUUCUGAGCCCCUCCCUGCCUGUUUGCCGGGCCCAGGCCUCCUCCCCGCAUGGACCUCGGGCCUUGCUCCACGGGCCCGGCCCAGAGCUUCCCAAGCCUCAGUGGACUGGAGGGGGUGCCUUCCUCACGCCCAGAGGGUGUGGUGGUCCCACCACCACCCAGGAACCAACCCGUGUCCCAGUGAGCCCCCCUCCUGUCCCCUUCCUGCUGGGUGCUGGGGGAGUGUGGCAGCAAGAUCCUGGAGAAGGAGCCCCUGAGAUGUGAGAGAGACAAGGAAGAGAAGGAGAGGGAGACAGGGAGAGAGGGAGACGGGGUGGAAGGGAGAGGGAGGAGCGGCAGUGGUGACCGCAGGGCCGGCUGCUCUGCCUGGGCCUGCUGACUUAAAGGAAUUUGUGUUUUUGCUUUUUUUCCAAAAAGAGCUCCAGCUCCACACAUGUUUCCACUUAAUCCAGAGCCCCCGCCCCCGCCCAGGACGCACUCUCUAAAUAAUUGCAAUAAAACAAACCUUUCUCCGCAAACCGGUUCCUUUCCACCCCCUCAGCAGCAGUCAUCCCGUGAGAGUCCCAAGGACUUCCAGGGACAGAGGCGGGGAUGGGGGCGGGCACUCCAGAGUGUGCUUGUAGGGGCCAGAUGUGGCUGCAGGAGCUGUCCCUCUGCCUCAUCCUUGCCUUUCCUGGCAUGGGUGGUCACUAGGCCAGGCCCAGAGGGGUCUGGGGUCCAGGGCCUGAGGAUGAAGGCCCCGUGGCCCCCAAGAGGGCAUCCUCUGGACAGGCCCCUUGUCCCUGUGCGGCAGCCCCCAGGCCUGGGGAGUGUGGCUGUGUGAGAGCCUAACCUAUCAGGAGGGACCCCAGGCUUCUGGGCUCAGCCCAUGCCUAGAACUCUACCCUCAGGAGACCCCACUGACUGCCUUUCCUCCCUGCCCUGAACCCAACCGACACUGCUGUCUGCCCUGUAAGCCAUAGCGCAUGCGCGCCCUCGGAAUAAACAGGCCUUCCUCGCA